CACUGCUCCUCUUGCAGACUGAUUGUGUUGUGCUCCUCUUCAAAACCGAAUACUUUCACAUCUAAGCAAGCCGUUCUAAAGUACGCUAAGUGAGCUACAGAAAAAUCACGAGUUUACCUAUGGCUUACAUACCUAUACUUCUUUUUUGCUCCUCUAUGUUGCUUGUUCUAGAAACAGCCACAGGUAUUGACACCAUAAACACCACUCAGUACAUUAGAGAUGGAGAUACCAUAACUUCUGCUGAAAGAACCUAUGUAUUAGGAUUUUUCAGCCCAGGAAAAUCAAAAAACCGAUACUUGGGGAUAUGGUACGGAAAAAUAUCUGUGCAGACAAUAGUUUGGGUUGCCAACACAGAGAUUCCACUCAACGAUUUAUCAGGAGUUCUACGGCUUACAGACGAAGGAAUUCUUGUCCUUCUCAAUCGGAGCGGGAGUGUAGUCUGGUCUUCCAGUACCUCAACACCUGUAAGGAAUCCUGUUGCACGGCUUUUGGACUCAGGAAACCUUGUCGUCAAAGAGAAGGGCGAUAACAACCUGGAGAACACCUUGUGGCAAAGUUUUCAACAUCCAGGUAAUACACUACUGCCAGAAAUGAAGCUAGGACGGAAUAAAGUAACAGGCAUGGACUGGUACCUGACAGCAUGGAAGUCACCUGAUGAUCCUUCUAAAGGUAAUGUUACAUGUAAACUUGUUCCUUAUGGAUACACAGAGAUACUAGUGAUGGAAAAGUCAAAAGUCCUGUACCGGUCUGGACCGUGGAAUGGUCUGCGGUUCAGUGGCAUGCCCUCUUUAAAACCGAAUCCCAUAUACAAAUUUGAAUUUGUUUCCAAUGAGAAGGAGGUAUAUUAUACAGAGCAUCUAACCAAUAAUUCAACACAUUGGAGGGUCGUGCAAAGUCAAAAUGGUGAUAUCCACAACCUCAAGUGGAUUGAGCAGAAACAAAGUUGGUUAUUAUACGGGGCACCAAAUACAGAUCAUUGUGACCGUUAUGCACUGUGUGGUUUAAAUAGUAUCUGUAAUAUUAACAACUCUCCAAUCUGUGAUUGCUUGAAUGGAUUUAUACCUAAUGUUUCAAGAGACUGGAACAUGAUGGAUUGGUCAAAAGGUUGUGUUAGAAAGACUCCACUAAAUUGUUCAGGUGAUGGGUUUAGAAAGCUCUCCGCAGUGAGGUUGCCCGAGACAAAAACAUCAUGGUUUAACACGAGUAUGAACCUGGAGGACUGCAAAAACACUUGCUUAACGAACUGCAGCUGUUCAGCAUAUUCAAAUUUGGACAUCAGGGAUGGAGGAAGUGGGUGCUUGCUUUGGUUCGGUGACCUGAUUGAUAUCAGAAUACUUCAUGAAAACGAUAUAGAUGUUUAUAUACGGAUGGCUGUAUCAGAACUAGAUUAUGGUGAUGGUGCGAAGAUGAAUACUAAAUCCAAAGUGAAGAGAAGGAUCAUAGUAAGCACAGUGUUGUCUGCAACAAUUCUGUUCCUCGGCCUAGCCUUGGUCUUGUAUGUUUGGAAGAAAAAAAACAGUGCUUUGGGAAGAAGUUCACGUAAGAAGCACAUGAAAGAGGAUCUGGACUUACCGUUGUUUGAUUUGGGUAUAGUGGCUUGUGCAACAAAUAACUUUUCUGCUGACAAUAAACUUGGAGAAGGGGGUUUCGGACCUGUUUACAAGGGAGCAUUGAAAGAUGGACGAGAAAUAGCUGUGAAGAGACUCUCCAAGAAUUCAAGACAAGGACUUGAUGAGUUCAAAAAUGAAGUCAAGCAUAUCGUGAAACUUCAGCAUCGGAAUCUAGUGAAGCUUCUAGGAUGCAGCAUUGAAGAAGAUGAGAUGAUUUUGAUCUACGAGUUUUGUCCUAACAAAAGCUUGGACUUCUUCAUUUUUGAUGAAAGACACAGAUUGCUUCUAGAUUGGCCCAUGCGCUACAACAUUAUCAACGGGAUUGCUCGAGGACUCCUUUAUCUUCACCAAGAUUCAAGACUAAGAGUAAUUCAUAGAGAUCUUAAAGCCGACAAUAUUUUAUUGGAUUAUGAACUGAACCCAAAAAUUUCAGACUUUGGCCUGGCUAGAAGUUUGGGAGGAAAUGAAAUUGAAGCCAAUACAAAUAAAGUGGUCGGAACUUAUGGCUACAUUUCCCCUGAGUAUGCAAAAUUUGGGCUCUACUCACUAAAAUCAGAUGUCUUUAGCUUUGGUGUAUUGGUGCUUGAGAUAGUGUGUGGGAGCAGGAACAGAGGAUUCAGUCAUCCAGACCACCACAUGAACCUUCUUGGGCAUGCUUGGAGACUGUUUAUGGAAGGCAGGCCUUUGGAACUGGCAGCAGAAUCAAUAGCUAUAACAUGCUAUUCAUCUGAAGUGCUGCGUUCGAUUCACGUGGCUCUACUUUGCGUGCAAGACAGACCAGAAGAUAGGCCAAACAUGUCAUGUGCAGUUUUGAUGUUAGGUAAUAAUGAUGCACUGCCUCAGCCUAAACAUCCAGGUUUUUUCACGGAAAGGGAUCUUUUUGAAGCAAGUUAUUCUUCCAGCAUGAGCAAACCGUCUUCAGCUAACGAAUGUUCAAUUUCAGUCUUAGAGGCAAGAUAGAUUACCCUUUGUGAGGUCCUGACAUGCUGCUGGCGCUGGGUGAUCGUGUUUUAGAAAGCUAUAUAUACUUCUCAGUCCUUUUUAUGUUUGUUAACAAGCAUCUAUGCUCUUUAUUGCCUAGCUAAAAUAGCUAAAAACCAUUUAAACUAGCUAUCUAAAAAAUAUUAUCACAUUCAUACUCUCUAAAAUAAAGAGUCAUUAAUUUUUUUUGAAUUAACUAAAAACCAAAAUCUUCCAAACUAGUUUUCAGUUUUUCAUACAUGUAAGAACCCAAGAAAGCAUGGCCACCAAUUUUGUAGCCAAAGUUGCAUCCAAUACAGGUUACGAUUUUUUACGAUUGCUACAUUGCCAAUGCUCUCAAUGCCCUUGUUGAGGAGAAAAAGAACACCAUCUUCCUCUUCUUGAAGAACAAGGAAUUAUUCAUUCACCCUUAAUGAGACAGGCAAAGGAAUGUUGUACCU